AUUAUCCAAACUGGACAGCGGUGCUUCCGGGAAGCCUUUUUCAAAAAAAAAACAACUAACGUAUAAAACAGUUGAGGCGAUAGUGUUUUUUUGUUUGUUUGUUUUUUUUUAUUAACAUCUAAAAUCCUGGGUCCAGCUCAGUAUUCGUCCGGUUAAGGCACUCCGGCUCUCAAAACAAACACCGCACGGCUCGUUACUGGUGGAGCGGGCAGGGAGAGAGCUGGUUCUUUACCGACUGAGAGAAAAGCGAUCAGACCGUAGCUAGCUAACCAGCCAACGAUGGAGGCAGGAGGCAGGGUGUCGUGGGUGAAAUACGGGCCUGUUGUGUCUCUGUUUGUGGUUCUUUUGGCCCUGUGGUUCCGCUCACCCCAGAAUAUAGACCUGGACGACCGGCUGGACACCGUCCUGUCCUCUCUGCUCCGGGCUGAACGCAAAGUCGGGCUGAACAACGUCGCCAGACCGAGAGUGGCCGUUGGUUUUGGGGGGUGUGUCGACCUGAUAGUGGAGGGGGUACCAUUGCUUAAUAAGAUUGGCCUCCCUCCCACAGACCAGCCCCUACAUCAUAACUACCUAGAAAAUGAAGUGCAGCUGGCUGAAAGCUUUGCCUACUUCUUUGCACCAGGAGCUGCUGCAGAGCGUUUUAUGCUGAAUGAUACCCUGUUCAGCGAGCUGGUUGAAGCAUCCCGUGACUUGCCUGGAAACAGGUGGGCAGUAGGUGGCAAUGCCCCUGUAAUGGCUGGUCGAAUGGCAAUCGAGGGAUGUGAUGUGUUGCUAGGGGGAAGUUUCAGCCCCGAUUUUACAGAUGUCCUGUCCCAGCACAUUACAGUGGCAGGUAACGUCGUAGAAGAGCCAGACAUUCAUCUGAUCCUGGAGUAUCCAUCUGGUGCUAGCUGGGGGCGCUAUACCUCACGUAGAGCCAACAGAUAUAUCAUCCACAGUGAUGACCAUAACCCCUACCUGGCCUCCAUGGAGGAGUUUGCUGAGAAACUUGAGGAUUUCAAACCAGAUCUGCUGGUGGUGGGUGGGCUGCAAAUGAUGGACAACUUCCCUUUCCAGUCAGGUGAGCGGGAGGCACUCCUCUCCCGCCUGGCCGACCUCCUGUCCUCCUCGUCUCCACAGAUUGGGAUCCAUUUUGAGAUGGCCAGUUUUGUAGAAGAGAGUAUAAUGGAGGACCUGUUACACUAUGUCAUCCCCCAUGCGGACUCUUUAGGCAUGAAUGAACAGGAGCUUCCCAACCUGCUCAGUCUACUUAAAGGCUCCAACAUCACAGUGUUGUCAGACCCAAACCCCCGUGUAGCCACAGUCCUCGACCAGAUGAGGGAGGUCUAUCGCAUUUUGAACCAGCGCUACAAGGAUGCCAGUGCAGACAGCGACACAAACAGUGCAAAGGCUAAGCCACUUACUCGGCUCCACGUUCACACACUGGCCUUUCAGGCCAUGAUUGUGACACGUGGCUCCCAGUGGAAGAACACCAUGUCAGCCACAGCCAAGGCCUCUCUCACAGCUAACCGCCAUGUCUGCGGCUCUAAUGAUAUUGACCCCAGCAAGGCGAGGCUCAUAAUGGAUGACUCCUUCUCUGUCAGCCGUCGGGAAGGCAGCCAGCGUAUCCCUCUGCAGGAGACCCGGCCCGUCAGCUGCUGGGAUGAGGACGAUUACGAGAUCUGCGUAGCUCCAGUGCUGGUGUGCACUGAAGUUUACCAAACUGCAGGUGGAGGGGAUAACAUCUCUGCUGCUGGUCUGGUGCUGCAGAUUUAGAGAAAGGACACUAUAUGGUCUAUCUGUGUGUAGCGUUACCUAAAUGUUGGGGAAAAAAUGUGACCCUGGAAACUCGAUCUUGUUGGGAUGCAAAGUAGCUGUUGUGGCAAACAUAGGUACUGAUUAUAAAAUGUAUCCGGCUAAUGCUGUCACACCUGCAGCUCACGGCCCAGGUGGACCAUAAGGAAAAGUGAUGGGGUCAGGUGAUGGGGGUACAAUGGUUAUUAAUCAGGUUAGACAACUAGAUUUUAAAUAUACAAGCAAAGUUUUGAUUUUUGAAGAGAAUGCUGAGAAAAACUGGUAAACUCAAACAUGACAGUUUUGUAAAGUUGAGUGUAUUUAUGUUUAUAUUGGAUAGGAGGGCAUCAUCACCGAUUUCAUCCCUUUUUCAUUGUCAACAUGCAUAUCUACACUGUGCCUGAGUGCAAAGGCCUUCUGCAUCCAGUUGAUUUAGAUAUUAGAACCAAAACAUUUAUGGAGACACCGCCCUGCCCUUCCCAAUUUAAUUGAACGCAUGCAACAUCUUUGACAAGUCUUUGUAGCUCAUCAUCUGACUCCUGUCCUCCUUUACUUCUCCAAGGCCUUACAAGACUUUGCCUUCAGCCAGGAUGAGAUAAAGAGGGAUGAGGUUUGAAAAAGUCAUAAAGACGCCAUGCUGGGUAGCCUGUGGCAUGGUGUUUUUGAAUUGUGUAUCAAGACUUUGAAUGCAUCAUAACUUUACUCUGGUUGCAGGGCAUGAAGUUUUGAAUGGGUUAGGAUAAAUUCUCUUGUUUUAACCUGUGACUCCACUAUGCAAACUUAUCCAGAGUUGUGUAAUUAAAUAGCUGAAUCUUCUGUUUCUUGGAAGCACUUUUAUAGUCACCUACAUAAAAUCGUAGAAAAAAGCCAACCUGAAGGCUGAAAGGUUAACAACCGGUCACAUCUGAAACCUUUUUAAUGUGAAGGCGCCGUCCUGCCUCUGCCCUCUGCUGUCUCAUUCUCAAAGGCAAAAAGAUUUAAAGUAGAAAUCUAGGGAGAUUGUCGCCUCCUGUUCUUCCUAAUAUAUGUGAAAAAUGUGCAUACUGGUUUGGGUGUGUUUGAUUAGCAUUCCUCUGUGUGUUAGUUGCAGUGCAAUAAUGCAAAAACAAGGUUAAGAGACCGCUGUUGGUUGCUGGAUAUGAUGUCAAAGAUUUCCUCUCUACCUCCAAAUUCUUUUUGCGUCAGCUUCCCUUUUUGCCUCUUCUCAUUGUCUCUUCCAUGUUAUUUUGUCAAACCUUUCUUUUAUCUGACACAUUUCUUGACUGUUCCUUCUUCCCUUGUCUCUGUCUAUUUAUGGCUCUUUAAGGACCAAAAAACCUAAGUGGACUGCCGCUGAUAACAUUGCAAGUUACUGGCAGGUGGUUGUCACAUUCUCACAUGAUAUGGCUGCAUACAGUGAAACACAUAUCUAGUUUUAGAUUUUUGAGAAAGAGGGGGUUAGUAACAUGAAAUUGUAAGCUUGACUUGAAGUGUUACCAUGAAUCCCUUUUAAUCUGUGGAGGAGUGGAUCACACAGAAGAUAUUUAUUAAAACAUUACAUUUUCUGUGUGAUCCACUCCUUGCAGUAAGAUAUCUUUAACUCUUCACACCAACUCUAUGUCAAAGCCACUACUUUCUGAAUUUAUAACCAUUUUCUUAUAAUAAUAAUAA